AUGAUGAGAGCACGGCUAGUGCUGGUCUUCCUGGCCCACCAUCUCCACCGGAGGCUUUGCAACAACCGAGACCGCCAGCAGAAAAUCCACUGCUUGCCUCGGCCUGUGGCACUCCUGAUUCAGCCGUAUGUACUUUUUCACUCCGUAUUCCUCUUCUUGCUUCUGGAGUCAUGCAUGCAGAUGUGGGACCUGAUGCAAGCCACCAAUUGGCUGGAUGCGGAGAACUUUCCCCGGUGGCCGUUUUCAAGAAGGCCCCGGAUGGCUGAGAUCAGUCGGACGGUGGAGGUGCUCCGCUGGAUGGCCAUCGCCAGCCCCGUGGUGAUCGUCGUCACGGCGGUGGUGACCCUUCGCCAUCUCUGGCUCCAUCACAUUGUGCACCAGCGAGCCUUCGACCAAGACUUGCGGUGGUACCCGUCCCACAGCCACGACCUGGCGAUGCAAGUGGCCACCAUGCCGUUGAUUUAUGGCGUGUUUGCCUUUGAUUGCGUGAUUCAGACGCUGGUGCUGAUGACUGGCUGCGCUUUCAUGGAAGGUGCCGUAUCUGACAAUGUUUUAGAAAUGACAAGGCACCUGACUCAAGAGCGGUAUAGCACAAACUUGGAGCUUGCAGACUUGUACGAAGCCUGGGCCCUCUACAACUUUGGCCGCUUGUGCCUCAUGCGGAUUCGACGCCAGAUCCGCCAAGAGAUUCCACUGUUGCGAACGUCACUUGCAAGCCUGGAUCGGCUGAAGCAAGAGGACCUCCGCAUUUUCAGAGAUCCCGAGCGCUUUCUGUUCCGCCCACUGGAAGUCACAACGGGUAUCGGCGUGAAAAUCUUUGUCUACACCUGUGCCGUAAAAUCAUUGUUUGCACUUACCAUUACAUUCUUGGCAGAUGAGCCCUUUCACAUCAAACUUUGUGACAAAGCUCCGUGGGCGUGUCAACUGCUGCCCCACAUGGACGGAGCAGCCUUUGUGACAUCAACGAUUGCAAUUCUAAGCUUAAUCGCCAUUGAACAUGGCUUCCACGAGAUCUUGCGACUACAAGGUUUCGAUCCACUGCCUAAGUUCCUUGGAGUCAAGGCGCUGGUGUCGGUGACGUGCCUCCAGGGCUUGGCCAUGAGCUUCGUGCAGCGCCAAAAUCUGCUGAAGUCCGACGAGGCCGCCCUCUGCAACGCAUGUUUGCUGUGCUUCGAGCUGCUUCCGCUGUCUCUGCUCACGAGCCGCGCGUGGAAACCCAGCCGCGGGGACUGGUACGAGGCUGAUGGCCUUGUAGGCCUUAGCCUUGGAGGCCUUGGAGUCGACGGGGUCGACGGGGUCGACGGGGUCGCCUCCGUGCCUUCGGUGCUGCCUUCGGUGCCGUCCCUUGCAUCGGCCCGGAUCGGCGCGCUCUGGCGGGAGAAUCGGCGGGGCAGCUGCGGCCACGGAGGGGGCCGCCUUGCCGGGGAAGGCGAGUGGGCCGAGAGUUACGCGGUGCUCGGGAAGGAGGAAUCUCACGAGUUGGUCAG